GGAGCCUUUGUUUGCCGCGUAAGCUGCCUCAAACAAACACAUUGGUCUUUCCUUUGCUAAUCUCGCGAAUAUGCAAAGCUGCAAACACCAAAGCUGAGCAAAGUACCCGGACUGUGGAAACUCAGUCCACGGAGGAAGGCGCACUGCGCAGUCCGGAGAUUUCUUUUAAAAAUAUGGACGGAUUAGCGCGGAUUGGUACAGUCCAACUUGAAGACCCCUGAUAAACGAUUGGUGUGUAUGUUCAAAGGGAUAUUUUUCACUAAUAUUUUGCCAGAAGAGAAAGUGUAAAAAGUUACCUGUGCCAAGAAGGAGGAAAACCCCACUCUGCUUUUACGACUGUGACCAUGGACCCCACGAGUGCUCCGAGAGGAUGCGACCCCAGCAUCAGCUCCAUCUUUUACCAGCUGUGCGACCUGACCUCAGUGUGGGGCAUCGUGCUGGAGGCGUGUGCGGCUGCAGGCGUGGUCACUUCCUUUAUGCUCUUUCUGAUUCUUUUGGCCUCCUUACCGUUUGUGACAGACACGAAAAGAAAAGGUAUGGUGGCCCUGCAGGCCAGUAUUCUAGUCUUCACCUUGGGACUGUUUGGACUCACUUUUGCCUUCAUCGUGGACCGCUACUCUACAAGCUGUGUGGCACGGCGGUUCCUGUUCGGAGUGCUGUUUUCAGGCUGCCUGUCCUGUCUGGUGAUGCAUGGGCUGUGGCUGGUGCUGCUACAGAGGAGAGGCAGAGGACCUCGGAGUUGGAUGUUGUGGCUUGGAGCUCUGGGUCUCUGGCUAGUGGAAGUUAUCAUCAACACUGAAUGGCUCAUCCUCACUGAAGUCAGGAAUCCAUCCAGUGAACCUACUGUCCCAGACCUGCCGUGCAUCAUUGCCAACCAGGACUUUGUGAUGGCUCUCAUUUACGUCAUGGUUCUCCUGCUUGCUGUCAUCCUGAUCGCUUUGCCCUCGCUCAAACACAAGCACAAGCAGUGGAGGAGAGACGGCGCCUUCAUCCUUGUCACAGGGUUCUUCACCAGUGUCAUCUGGGUAACUUGGAUCGUGAUGUACACCUACGGAAAUCGAGCGUCUGGACACGCCAGCUGGGACGACCCCACUUUGGGAAUCGCUGUGGUGUCCAACGCUUGGAUAUUCCUGUGCUUCUACGCAAUUCCAGAGGUUUGUUUACUGACGCAACAGGACUCUGAGCAGGAGCAGCCCCCCGACGGGGAGCACGUCUAUCCUGCUCGGACUCUGGUGUAUGGCCCCAACCUGAAAGAGCCAGAGCCAACUCAGCAAAAUCUUUAUGUGGAGAAUAAGGCCUUCUCUAUGGAUGAGGCGUCAAUAGAUUCCACAAAGCCGGUGUCUCCAUAUGGAGUGUAUAACGGUCAGCCGCAGACCUGUGUGUACCAGCCCACAGAAAUAGCCUUAAUCGCCAAACAUCUGAAAGGGAUGGAUCGAGGUCCGGUGAUUCCUCGCGCCACAGCCCCACCUUUAAACCCAGGAAGUGGGAGGAGCUCUCUGUCCCGUUCAAUUGAAUCUUUAACAUCUCAAGAACUGUCGUAAAUUAACAAACUCCCAUUUUUUUGCAUGAUUUUUGUAGCUACUCUCAUUGAUGUGCAUCAGAGUGCUCUUAAUAUUUCGUAUUGUUAGUUUCACUUCUUUGGAAGUACUUUUUCUAUCCAUGUUGAAGCUUAUUCAAUCACAAAUCCAAACACUGAAGAUCAAUACAAAAUGUGGCUACAGUAAUGGCUGCAUUUAUAGUAAUUUAUUAUGUUUUCAUCUGAUUUCUUUCCUAAUAGAACCUCAAAUAACAAGCCGAUGGUCAAACGGUGAAUAAGUGUUAGUCAUUAGACCGUGUUUACAAAUGUGUGAUAAAAGCAUCUUUCAUGGUGUGCAUCUUGUCAUUUAUUAUUACACUUAAAAGCACUAUUUAAAUCCUGGAUACAGAACAAAUCACGAAGUCGGGUCACUAAGAGGAAGGAAAGCUUUGACCAGAGCAGGAAUUUACAUACGUUUCCUUGAUAAGCCUCAAUUGGCGCCACGCAGUGACUAUCAUUCAGGCUGAGAAUGUAGGUUACACUAUUUAAAUGUAUGAUUAUUUCAUCUGGGAUUGUUUUGAGAAGAAAAACAAAGCUAACAGAGUUGUGAAGA